CUCAAGCUGACGACUUCUUUUAACCGUAUUCCAUCCCAAGCUAGAUAAUGCCUUCUGCUACUUUAGAACAGGUGAUUUCAAAUGCCAGAGCAUUGGUUCAAUCCUCACAAUCGGAUAAAGCUUUGGAAAUAUUAAGCCCAUUGAUUCCUGGGAACGAAAAUAAUGUAUUUUUAUUGCAAAUAUUUGGAGAAGUCUUAUUGGAAACUAAUGAUUUGGAAACUGCAUACGAAGUCUUAACAGCUGCUUGUGAAUUGGAUCCUGAGGCAAACGCAGGUACCGAGAAAUUCUUCUAUUUAGGACAAAUAAUUGGAGGUAAUGAUGGUUUAAAAUGUCUUGAUACUGGAUUAAGUAAGUUAAACAAUCAAUUGAGUUUAAUUGAAAAUAAUCAAGGAGAAAAUGAUCAAAUCUUGGUUGAUUUAUCAAAGAUUUAUAAGGAUAAAGAAUCUUUGAUAAAAUAUUUAAUUAAAAAGUUAAAUCAAGGUAUAUUUGCAAAAAUCGAAAUUUGGAUGACUGAUUUAUGUAUGGAACCAGAAGCUGAACAACAAUGUAAUGAUUUGAUUUCAUACUCAUUAAGAUUAGACGGUCAAAACCCUGAAGCUCUUUCAUUAUUAGCAUCUAUCAGAAUUUCUCAACAGAAACCAGAAGAAGCCAAGGAUUCAUUAUUAAAAUCCUGGGAAUUAUUCCACUCAAAAAAGGCUCAACUAGAAGAGUCUGCAAAUAAAAUACAAAACGAAUCCUCAGAAGUGGUAAAUGAUGACAAUGCAGAUGCUUUUGAAGUUGGUGUUGAAUAUAUUGAAUUGAUUCAACCAUUAUUAACCUUGGCUAGAUUUGCGAUUGAAUUAGAAUUGUAUGAAUUAGCCAUGACCAUUACUUCAAAUACCCAAGAUAUAAAUGAAGACAUCCUUGAUGCAUAUUAUUAUGAAGCAUUUGCUAACAUAUUAAGUGCCAAAAAAAUAUUCGCUGACUCCAAUAAUAUAAAUAAAGAUCAAGAAGAUUACAGAGACUUGGAUUUGAAAGCUGUUAAAACAAGUAAGGAUGAGAAUAUUAAACAGCUCCUCGAUGAAGCCAAGUCUUUAUUAACUCAAGGAUUCAAGAUUAUCAAUAGCGAUAUUGGUGCAGAUUCUGAACCAGAAUUAGUAGAACAAGUCAAUGAUUUAUUAAAUCAAUUGGGUGGUCCUUCUAUGGCUGAUUUGAUGCCUCAAAGAAGAAACGAAGCUGAUGAAGAAGGUUGGGAAGAUGAAAUUAAUAGUGAUGAAGAAAAUUAGGUUGCAACAAUUUCAUUCUUUUGUAUAUUAAAAACUAAUUAGACUUAAACUAAUACUUACGAACUUUUU